GCAUGCUUUUAUUGUGAAGGCCAGUUGACUAGUACAAUGCUUAGUCACGGUGAGUUACAGCCUCCCCUCCUCCUUCCUAUGUGGCGCACAGCUCGGCAGAAAACGUUGGAAAUAAGAGACUGUCGGCUAAAUUCCCUGCCUGCUUGAAAGCAGCGGCACAACAAACGAUAUCCAGCUCUGGAAAAUCUUAAGGAAGUUUUUUUUUUUCAAGUAUAGACUUCAGUUCUUCCUUCUCCGUUUCAAAGAGCUCUCAGACCCACCAGUGACGCCUUUGGAUCUCUUCUUGAUUAUCAAACAACAAGCAGUCAAACUGUUGGAUUCCUACACAUUUAUCUCAACAUUUGUUUUACUUUUAACGGUCAUAGUUUAGCUUUGAUCCAUCUGAUGAGUUGGUUCCUUUAGGGAAUUUAACUGACCAACAUAGAUUUAAUAAGAGACUUUCAGAGCAUGAUUUAAUUGGCUACUGCCAUAUAUUUCUUUUUAUUCCUCCAACAAACAGGCAUGUUUAACAGGCUUCUGUCAGUAUCAUGCAGGUGUGGAAAGACAGAGAGUUUUGUGACAAAUGCAGUUGAUCUAAAAGAAAUCCCUUUGAUUCCCGACUCUGUAGUUUAAACUUAAUUACAGCAACAUCAAUCUUUAACUCCCAUUCAGCAUGCUGGAGGGCCAGUGUAUAACGGCGUGCCCAGCUGGAACUGGCAUCUCUCAAGCUAUUUUCAAUGUCAUAACUCGCAGCAUGACUCAGCUUGAGUGCUAAACAGAGCCAGGACAUCUUCAUGUGGUCAUAAAUAAGACUUUUGCAGAGACUAGGAAGGACAACAGAGACGCUGUGACAACUGGAAAGACUGGAGCUCUGCAAAACGAUCACCUCGACUUCAUUUCACAUGUGGUGCCAGGAUGCCCAAUAACCGUGUCCACCGAUCUUGAAGCAAAGACAUUAAAGAGGAGAAAGACCCUUUCUAGGAAAUGACAGAGUGCCUGACAGAAUGCAAAGCGCUGGUGACGCCCUCCACGCGCAACGGUCACCGCGUCUUCAGCUACACGCUGGAGAGCCACACCUCGGCCGCCUUCGCCAUCAUGAACGAGCUGCGGUUGGAGCGGCAGCUAUGCGACGUCACGCUGCGGGUGCGCUACAAAGACCUGGACGAAGUGGACUUUGUGGCGCACAAGGUGGUCCUGGCCUCCUCCUCGCCCGUUUUCCGAGCCAUGUUCACCAACGGGCUGAAGGAGUGCGGGAUUGAGCUGGUUCCCAUCGAAGGGAUUCACCCCAAGGUUAUGGAGCGACUGAUUGAGUUUGCCUACACUGCCAGCAUCUCCGUGGGAGAGAAGUGCGUCAUCCAUGUGAUGAACGGCGCCGUCAUGUACCAGAUAGACAGCGUGGUCAAGGCCUGCUGCGACUUCCUCGUCCAGCAGCUCGACCCCAGCAACGCCAUCGGCAUCGCCAACUUUGCCGAGCAGAUCGGUUGCACAGAGCUCCACCAGAAAGCCAGGGAGUACAUCUACAUGAACUUCAGCCAAGUAGCGACCCAGGAGGAGUUUUUCAACUUGUCUCAGUGCCAGCUGGUCACCCUCAUCAGCCGCGACGAGCUCAACGUGCGGUGCGAGUCUGAAGUCUUCCAGGCGUGCGUGGCCUGGGUGCGCUACGAUCACGAAAACCGUAGACCCUACGUCCAAGCCUUACUCCAGGCUGUGCGCUGCCAUUCCCUGACCCCCAACUUCCUGCAGACCCAGCUCCAGUCCUUAGACUGGGACCCACAAUGCAAAGACUACUUGGCUCAGAUUUUCCAGGAGCUCACCCUCCACAAACCCACCAAAGUAAACCCCUGCCGAACACCCAAGGUGCCUCAGCUCAUCUACACGGCAGGGGGGUAUUUCCGUCAGUCCCUCAGCUAUCUGGAGGCGUACAACCCCUGUACAGGAGCAUGGCUGAGGCUAAGUGACCUCCAGGUGCCCCGCAGUGGUUUGGCCGCAUGUGUGAUCAGCGGCCUUUUCUACGCCGUCGGCGGUAGAAACAACGCGCCCGACGGCAACAUGGAUUCCAACGCUUUGGACUGCUACAACCCCAUGAACAAUUGCUGGUGUCCGUGCGCGCCCAUGAGCGUCCCCAGGAACCGGAUCGGGGUGGGCGUCAUCGACGGCAUGAUUUAUGCGGUCGGCGGUUCCCACGGCUGCAUUCAUCACAACAGUGUGGAGCGGUACGACCCAGAGAGGGACCAGUGGCAGCUGGUGGCCCCCAUGUUAACGCGACGGAUCGGCGUGGGCGUCACCGUCAUGAACAGGCUCCUUUACGCCGUGGGGGGGUUCGAUGGAGCAAACCGGCUGAGCUCCUGUGAGUGCUACAACCCUGACAGGGAUGAGUGGAGAACCAUGGCCUCCAUGAACACUGUGCGGUCCGGAGCCGGCGUGUGCGCUCUGGACACCCACAUCUACGUGUUGGGAGGGUAUGACGGAACCAACCAGCUGAACACGGUGGAGCGCUACGACGUGGAGACGGACGCCUGGAGCUUUGUCGCCUCCAUGAGGCACAGGCGCAGUGCUUUGGGGGUCACUGCGUUAUGUGGACGCAUCUUCGUCUUAGGAGGUUAUGACGGCAGCACUUUCCUGGACAGCGUGGAGUGCUAUGACCCAAAAGAGGACACCUGGAUGGAGGUCACUCACAUGACAUCAGGGCGGAGUGGCGUGGGCGUGGCCGUUACCAUGGAGCCCUGCCCAAAGGGUCUCUCGAAAAGCCAGAAGUGUGAAAAUGACCCGUCGGCGGAUCCAUCUGCUGGCUGCGAUAGGCCACACUGUCAGUUCUCGAAUGGACCCUUCGGAAAAGACGCCUCAUUCUGAGCCGCGGUUCCGAUCACGAGAACCCUAAAAAUAGAAUGAAAACACAGACGGAUGAGGACACAAAUCCUGACUGAUUGUAGAGAGGAAAAUGAAACGCACAUAGAAAAAGUCAUUAGUAUUAUCAGUGCAGCGAUGAUUCUGGUUUUAACUAAAGCCAUCUGCACUGAAUUCUGUAAACCAAGUAUGAUCCGCACAAGUCCAUUUUUCCAAUUGUGAUUCAUUAGUCUAUGGUUGAAGAUGAUGGAGCUCUGCGCAUCUGUUCUCUCUGCUGUGGAAAAACUGCAAACUGAGGUUCCUGUAGGCUCAAAGAGUCGUUUUCACGAGAUGGAAGAGAGAACCACCUCCUUAUGGGAACAGAACAUGGUCCUUUUCAUAGGUAGACGAGUCUAAAGUGCCAUUGUAGAGCCUGCGGGCCAUUCCCCUAUCAGUAUAGUGUCGAGACACUCCCCAGGUUUGGUCCAGUUCAUCCAGUUGUUGAAGACAAAGCUCCACACAAGACCAUUUUUGUAAAUAUUUCUAUCAGAAAAAGUAGAUUUUCCUUCAAGUCCCUAAAUUUUCAUGAAUCUUUGUAUGAUUAGGUAGUAGAAGACGUGACAACUUUUAGGGUCUCCAUGUUGAACAUCAAGUUCAAACAACCAUUUUUUUCCUUUCUGUUCUGCUCAAUUAAUGCAAAAACCUCUGGAAAUAAGCGAAAUGGUCACAAUUAAUAACAAUGUUAGAACUUUGAGGUCACCAGUACCAACAUCCUUUAUGAAGAGAAGACAAAUAAGGAAAUCUCUGUGAAGUGACCAUUUAGAGGUUUUCCACAGUAAGCCGGUUUUUCUUUUUUGUUCAGAAGAAAUGGUUUAUGUCCCCAGGAAGAAGAAAAAAAUAGUCAACAUUUACAUUUUGAACGGAGCCCAUUGUCUUAUAUUGAGUGUCAAAGACAGAAUAGGUUAGCAUCACCUUAGCAGCAAACAUGUUGAGUAAAACUGCAGAAGAAUUUUAGAAAGGAACAGUUUAGUGGUGUGCAGAUCCCAAAAAAAACAAAAAGUUUAGGUUGCAGUUGAAGCAAACUGCCAUCAGCAUCCCACCGAUUGUGUUUGUGUGAACAAAAUGACACAACCUGGAGUCAUUUUGGUUUCAACGUCUUAGAGACCUUAGAAAAUGUAGAAGUGAGCAUGGUUGUGCGUUAGUGUUCAAAUAUUGUAUACUAAUGACAAAACCUUGCUGAAAUGAGUGUAUUUGUAACAGCAAUUAAAGCUACAAACAUGUUUUUAAAGACAGAUGUUGUACAUUCAUUCAUAAUCUGAAAAGUCUUGUACAGAAUUCCAGAGUUCAUUCUUUAAUUUAUUUGUUGAGACGCGGUGAUUUUCCAGUGGCUUUAAACUGACAUCUGCUUUGUAACUACACACUCCUUGUGUAGCCUUUUCUAAUAACUAGUUUGCAUUGUGACUAAGUGGAAAUCCUGUUGAUGCUAAUUUCUGAUGUUUGAUUAAAAAAAAAAAAACUUCA